AAUCCAGCACACAAAGAAGUAGCUUUGUUCUACAAGGCUAAUUAGUGUUCCCAUAAUGCCCUUUGGCUUGGUUUCAGCAUGGAACAAACGGAGGAGGAGCAAAUCUCAGGACCAGGGUGAAUCUUGGAUUUACAAACCUGUAGAAUAUUGGCAACUUGAGGAACAGAACCCACCUGCAAAAAGACGCCAAGGAUCAUCUGUUUUCACCCUCAAGGAGAUGGAAGCAGCGACAAAGUCAUUCAGCGAAGAGAAUUUCAUAGGAAAGGGAGGUUUUGGAUGGGUAUACAAAGGAACUCUUCGAUCAGGAGAGGUUGUAGCAAUCAAGAAAAUGCAGCUGCCACCACUUAAAGCAGCAGAAGGUGAGCGUGAAUUUCGGGUGGAAGUUGACAUCUUGAGCAGACUGGACCAUCCGAAUCUGGUUACCUUAAUCGGGUAUUGUGCCGAUGGAAAGCACCGGUUCCUUGUAUAUGAAUACAUGCAGAAUGGCAACCUACAGGAUCACUUGAACAGUGAACGCAAGAUGGAUUGGUCAACAAGGCUCAAAGUGGCACUAGGGGCAGCAAGGGGGCUUGCUUAUCUGCAUUCAAGUUCAGCAGUUGGUAUACCUAUCAUCCAUAGAGAUCUCAAAUCCACCAACAUUCUUUUAAGCACCAACUUUGAUGCGAAGAUAUCAGAUUUUGGACUUGCAAAGUUGAUGCCAGAGGGUCAAGAAACUUAUGCAACAGUAAAUGUACUAGGAACUUUUGGCUACUUCGACCCUGAGUAUACAUCGACAGGAAGACUGACUCUACAAAGUGAUGUUUAUGCAUUUGGGGUAGUGCUUCUUGAGCUUUUGACAGGCCGUAAAGCGGUCAAUUUAAACCAGGGACCAACAGAUCAAAACCUAGUAUUACAGGCCAGAAACAUGCUGAAUGACCGAAAGAAGCUGCGGAAAAUUAUAGAUCCUGAGCUACCACGGAACUCUUACACAAUGGAAUCUAUAGCUAUGUUUGCAAAUUUAGCAUCACGUUGUGUAAGAAUCGAUAGUACUGAAAGACCAACCAUGUCAGAGUGUGUUAAUGAGCUCCAACUGAUUUUCCAUACAAAUUCCAAAGGCUUAGGUAUGGCUCUACAUACACUACGAAUGAUCUAAAUUGCCAACAUGCUUCUCUCAUAGGAAUGGCCCAAAUUUGUUCAAAUAAUUCAUUUCAUCUGGAAAUUCCCAAGCUUAUAAGAUUCGGGUUGUCUAGGUUAGGAGACAGAAGUUCCUUGAUGGGAAAAAACUAUAGGUUUCAUUGCUUUUGUGUCCCUACUCCCUCGCAAACAGGGGGGAAGGGGGGGCUCUCUUUUGUAUUUCUUGGUGUGGGUAUAAAAGUGUACUAGUCUUAUUAGUAUUUAUGAUACAUGCAUCAUGUACUUUUGAGUUCAUGUGAAACAGAAUAAUUUCCAGCUUUGCACAGUAA